AUGCAAGAAAUGCUAUGCGUAGAAAUUGAAAAGUAUCCGUGUCUUUACGAUAAAAGCAGACCUGAAUACAAGGACUCUAUAAAACGUGAAAACGCAUGGCAAGCUAUUGCUCGAACCCUGACACUUCACGCGGAAGAGUGCAAAAACCAGUGGAGGACCAUCCGUGACAGAUAUGCCCGAGAAAAUCGGCAUCUAAAAGAUGAUGGACCCAGAAGCGGUGCCGGCGUUGAUGAAGUUGUCACUUCAAGAUCGGCCCUGUACAAGUAUUUGGGGUUCCUCAAGUCCCAUUUCAAGAGCAAAAGGCUAAUGGAACAGAACACUGUGGACGACGGGAACACUUCGGAGCAUCACAGUAGAGCCACUCCAGAAGGUGUCUACACCACAGAGUGUUAG